AUGCAUUACAGCAAAGCUACGCUUGUUUCAAACUGGCACAGGACCCGUGAGGCCGAGCCAAAGGACUAUGAUUUAACAGCGUGUCCAGAAGGAGAAAAGUCGUUACAUAGAUCAACCUACAAACAUUUUGGAACCUGUACCAACACUGGCUGGACCACUACUACGGAAGACCAGCUGUCGCACUGGAAUCUUCAGAGACAGCACGAGGUCAUGAACACGCGGAGAUCAAUGGUGCAGACAGAUCUUUUCCAGUCUGUAGUCUUGGACAGGGAGACGAUGCGACCGAAGACAGGAUAUAAUGCAGUCUUGCCACGUCACCGUACUGGCCACAACCAGAUGGACUUGAGGACCACAUAUGGCCUGGAUUAUCUAUCUCCUCAUGUCUACAGCAAAAAAGAAAUUAAGGUGAUGCAGGACCAACCGGAUGGUGCUGCCAUGUUCAGGAAGCGCGUGUCCCAGUUCACGGACACAGCGGAUUACCAUCGUUCAGGCCGGAACACGUGGCAGGAUGAAAGUGGGGUGUACGGACCCAGAGAAGCUGGGAUCCAGGCCUCCCAGCCCACCAACCCCAUCUGCCAACAGAGUGGCGCCCCCUGA